UAAAUAAAUAAACAAAUAGCUUACAUUUCAUUUCCGUCUCCGACCAUUUUUUUUGCCAAGAUAUUUUUAUAGGAUUCCCCAUCGACUUCUCCUCUUUCACUGGGUAGAUUUUUUUCAUUAAAAAAAGAAAAAAUCCUUUAUUCCGCUCCCAUCUCUCCAAAAUCAACAUUAUCUCCCCACUUAAUCCCGGGAGACCAACCUUUGACAAAAACCUCUGCAACUAUAAAGCUAGGGUUUGCUCAAAUUUCUUUUCUUUUAAAUGGCCUCUUCUCUCUCGUUCAGACCGACCAUGCUUCUUGUCCUAACUCCUUUCGUUGACCGAACCGGACCCCCCAAUCAUCUUUUAAAUCGAACUCAAUUUCCCGGUUUUUCCGCUCGCAGACCAUUUCUUCGCGGCUCUCUAUCCGUAGCCAAGUUCGGAUUCAAACCUGGCCUCUUGCCCGACCCUGAUGCUUCCGAGGGUGUUAUCAGAGAGCUGUUUACUAGAGCCGAAAGCCUUCUCUAUACGAUUGCCGACGCUGCUGUUUCGUCUUCGGACGCUAUUACUACGACCACCACCACUACUAAACAAAAUAAUGAUUGGCUUUCGGGAAUAACCAAUUCCAUGGAAGCUAUUUUGAAGGUUUUAAAAGAAGGGUUAUCGGCUUUGCAUGUUCCGUACGCUUAUGGUUUUGCUAUUAUACUUCUGACUGUGCUUGUUAAGGCUGCUACAUUUCCUUUGACUAGGAAACAGGUAGAAUCUGCAAUGGCCAUGCGUUCAUUACAGCCUCAAAUAAAGGCUAUUCAGGAGCGGUAUGCUGGAAAUCAGGAGAGAAUUCAACUUGAAACUGCUCGAUUAUAUAAACUAGCUGGAAUAAACCCAUUAGCAGGAUGCCUGCCUACUCUUGCCACAAUUCCAGUGUGGAUUGGGCUUUAUAGAGCCCUGUCAAAUGUAGCAGAUGAGGGACUUCUCACGGAAGGCUUCUUUUGGAUACCCUCACUGUCUGGUCCAACUACAAUUGCUGCUCGACAGAACGGCGGUGGCAUCUCUUGGCUUUUCCCUUUUGUAGAUGGACACCCACCUCUUGGAUGGUUAGAUACAUUUGCAUAUCUUGUGUUACCUGUUUUGCUGGUUGUCUCACAGUACGUCUCUGUCCAAAUCAUGCAAUCAGCACAGAGCAAUGAUCCAAACAUGAAGAGCUCUCAAGCCCUGACGAAGUUCCUCCCUCUAAUGAUUGGUUAUUUUGCUCUUUCAGUUCCUUCUGGUCUAAGUCUAUAUUGGUUCACAAACAACAUAUUAAGUACAGCACAACAAGUAUGGCUUCAAAAGUUAGGAGGUGCAAAGAAUCCAGUGAAGCAACUUAAUGAUGAUAUUAUCAAGGAAGAGCAAGUCCGCCUUCAGAAGUCUCUCUCUGAAUUGAAUGCCACCAGAAAGGAGACCAAACUAGAAGAAAAGUUGACACCAGAGGGGCUGCGCCCCGGUGAACGAUUUAAACAGCUAAAGGAGCAAGAGGCAAGAAGUAGACAGCAAAGAGAGGAAGAAAUGAGGAAAGCUCAACAGGCGGCAGCUAAAGCUGAUCAAUUAACAAAUGAGGGACAUGAGACAGAGGGUAGCAUCACUGAUAAGGAAAAUGGCGCUGGAACUGGCUUAAGCGCUGAAAAGAAUGAGAAAUAUCAAACUGUGGCAGGCCAAGGUUCCUCCAAUAUAGGAGUUGUGAAUGGUGACCUUUCUAGUAAGGACUUGAAGGAAGAUCAAAAGAAGGCUUCCUCAUUUAUCAAGAACAGUGAAUCUUUGGAACAUGUAGAAAAGGAAACAGUUGAAGUAUACAGUAGUCCAGCCACUUCAGAUAACAAAUAUUCUGAAGAAGACGCAGAGGAAGACAUGAAGGAGUGACAGAAAAAAGAGAAACAUGGUAAUGAUGAAGUUAGUAUCUCAAGUCAGCCAAGAGUGAGAGGAGCAGUUGAUUUGCCUGUUAAAUUGGAUACAGGGGGCAGAAUGAUACUCCUGGCUCAUCCAAAGUCGGUGCAGCUCAUCAACCAUUAUUAAUAUGUUCGAAAUUGAGUGUCUUUGGGCUUGAUGGCGUUUCUCUAGGUGGAGGGUAUGUUGCUCUUUGGUGAUAUCUGGUUCAUACCUGGCGCAUUUGCAGAAACAGCUCAACAAGCAAAAUAGAGGACAAUAUAUAAGAUUUUGGAGGUUUCACAUGUACCUGUUGUAACUUGGAAGAGCUCAAACAUUAUUGAUUCGAUCAAAUGAUUAUUCCGUACGAAUUCAAAAUAAUAAAUAAAAGUUCUUUUUAUGCUA